AUGGCGAGAACGACCAAAAUGAUUCAACAGAAGCUGCCACGGGCUGUUUUAACGAUAUUAACAGUGCUUCCGUUGGCCGUGUACUGCUCGAUGACGUUGGCACAGCAAAAAUUUCGACACACGCCAGUGGAUUUGAUCGUUCCGGAGGGCUCCGAGGCGCUGUUGGGAUGCGAAAUUCACAACGCAGCUGGUUCGGUGCAGUGGACCAAGGAUGGGUUUGCGCUGGGAUUCACGCAGAGCAUUCCGGGCUACCCGAGGUACGCGGUGCUCGGUGAUAGUGGCCAGGGCAUCUACAACCUGCGGAUCGUGAACGUCACCCUCGACGAUGAUGCCGAGUACCAGUGCCAGGUAGGACCGUACAUGCAUCACACGCUCAUCCGCGCCAAAGCCAAGCUGACCGUCAUAGCGCCACCGUCGUCGAUUGAAAUCCAGGGCUACAGCCAGCACGCGAAAGCCGAAGUCCGGGAGGGCCAAGAUCUGUCGCUGACGUGCACCGUACCAAAUGCACGGCCUGCUGCUCAGGUCGUCUGGUACCGGGCGAAUGUGGAGUACAAAUCAGACAACAUCGAUACGAAAACCGCGGAAACGGAAGACCACCGGUACACGGUGACGUCCAAGUUGCGACUCCGACCGACGGCUGAAGAUGACUACGUUGACUACACGUGCCACGCCCGGCAUCAGGCGAUCCCGGAAGACCACCCAAUGCAGGCCACCGUGCAGCUGUCCGUGCUGUAUCCACCCGGUGCACCGUACAUCGAAGGAUACGUGCCGGGUGAAGUGAUCCGUCGCGGGCAGCACGUGCAACUGGUGUGUCGCAGCCGCGGUGGCAAUCCACCGGCCCAGCUGAUCUGGUACAAGAAUGGGAACCAGGCGCGUAUGGCCUACCGGACGACGGAUCGGUUGUCGGAGAACAUCUACUCGUUUGUGGCCGAGGCCACCGACAACAAGGCUCGGUUGCGCUGCGAGGCCAACAACAAUAUGGCGUUGAAAAUUCUCAAAACCGAGAUCACGCUCAAUGUGCUGUUUGCACCGUCACAGGUCAUCGUUUCCGGACCAUCGGAGGCACGUGUGGGAGAUAGUGUGCCAUUGCAGUGCCAGACGACCGCAUCGAAUCCGGCUGCGGAUAUUAAAUGGGUUGUCAACGGAAAGCAGGUGGCAAAUGCGACCUCGAAGGUUGUCCCGAGUCCCGAAGGUGGAUGGGUCACAACUUCCAACAUAACGGCCAUUGUCGAGUCAAACAAGCGAUCUUUAGUUGCCAUCUGUCACGGGGUGAACAUGCAGCUACCAGAAAAUGUACAAUCAACGCAUACUGUCAACGUGCUCCUUCCUCCGGGACCACCGAUAAUAUCAGGAUACACCGAUGGAUCGAUAAUACCGGCUGGCUCCAAGCAGAAGCUUAUGUGUGUGUCAUCCGGCGGAAAUCCUUUAGCAACCCUGACAUGGUACAAAAACGAUAAAAAGAUCAAAUCCGUAAGCAAAACGACGGACCAAUCGGUUUCCGCCGAGCUGUCGCUGCUGGCGAACGUAACCGACAAUCAGGCGCAGUACCGGUGCGAAGCUCACAACUCGGCCACCGAGAUUCCGCUCUUCGAGACGAAAGUUCUGACCGUGCACUUCGCCCCGGAGACGGCCAAAAUACGGAUCGAACCGAGCGAACUGCGGCCCGGCAUCGAGGCGACACUGAUAUGCGACUCCAGCUCGAGCAAUCCGCCGGCGAAGCUGUCCUGGCGGUACGAUGGAACCAUCCUGGAAGGCAGUAACAACGCGUCGAAACCGGGCCUCUGGGGUGGCACCGUAUCCUCGCUGGAGCUGAAGCUGAACGUCACGCAGGAAAUGGACGGCCAGGCGUACACCUGCCAGAGCACGAACGAGAUGUUACAGCGCAGCAUCAACGUGGCUGUCAGCUUGCCGGUGCUGUAUGAGCCCCGGUUCACCGUCCCGGCGGCAACCACCGUCAACGGGGUGGAGAGUGAGUCGCUAACCGUGGCCCUGCUUGCAACUGGCAAUCCUUCGGCCAUCGCUUACACCUGGACGAAGGAUGGGCAAACGAUCCGGGCUCCGUCUGGUGUGCCGAGAAUCGUCUCCGAGGGACCGAUCCUUAACAUCACCAAGCUGAAGCGCACGGACGCCGGGAUCUACACGUGCGAGGCCGUCAACUCCCAAGGGUCGGCGAUGAUUAAUAUCACCGUGCAAGUCAAGUAUGCUGCAACGAUAAAAUCCACCCCGGAGAGCGUUAUCGUAAACCCCGGCGAGGAUGCAGUACUAAACUGCACCGUUGACGGAAACCCAUUAACGCCGGACCAGGUACGCUGGGAACGCACCGGGUACGAUCUGAAGGUGCGCACGUCGAUGGCCUACGCAAACGGAACUAGCCAGCUGGUGGUGCGGCAGGCUCGCCGGGAGGAUGUGGGCAAUUUCCGGUGCAUCGCGGAUAAUCGUAUCGCGAGUCCUGCCAGCCGCGAUGUGCUGCUGAUUGUCAACUUCGCUCCCGAGAUCGACAAAGCCACCGCGAUGCUCCGAGGUGCUGCCGGUUCCGGAGAACAAGCCCGUCUACCCUGUCGCACGCAGGCAGCGCCAGCUCCAUCCUUCACCUGGUUCCGCUCCGGUCAAGAGCUUGCCAUCAACCGGACAGCGAAAUAUCACGCGACCCAGCGCCAACUCGACGCCCUCACGCACGAAUCCGUCCUCCUAAUCGAGCGCGUAUCCUCAUCCGACUACGGCGAGUACGAGUGCCGUGCCACGAACGACCUUGGUACGGGGUUGGCCACAGGCCGGCUAGACGUUAAGUCCGUCCCAGACCCACCGACAAGCCUCACCGUGUUGAACAUCACCCACGACAGUGUUACGCUUGGCUGGGAGCCCGGUUUCGAUGGUGGCCAUCGUGCCAGCUUUCGGGUGCGUUAUCGUGAAGCGACCAGCGAACGGUACCGGUACGAAGAUGGACCAGCUGGUGGCCUGCGACGCCUUACGGUCGAUGGAUUGCGUAGCAACACCCUGUACCUGUUCUCGAUUAUGGCCUCGAACGCGCUCGGUGAGAGCCGAUACCUGCCCGAUCUGACUCGCGCACAAACCAAAGGUUGGAAUCCCACCGGGGCGGCAUCAUCAGUGCUGGGCAGCAAACCACCGAUGGAGUCCUCCUCCUCCUCCUCCUCCACCUCCUCCACCUCCUCGUCCCCGGUCGGUGCUUCCGGGCUGCUUCUGCUCGCCAUCGGAGUCGCGGCCGGCAUCUGCCUGGUGUUGCUCAAUAUCCUGCUUAUCGGAUUCUGGCUCUACCGGCGCGGCCUACCCGCUGGCCACAAGCAUCGUCCGCCCGGUCGCGGUGGUAAUGGCUCGUCGAACUCGAACAGCAAGUCGGCCACGAUCGAGAUGUACGCACCGAGCUCGUACAACGAUACCGUCACCGGUGAGACGCUGUCGAGCGUUUCGGAGAAAAGUGACGCGUACUCGAACGAUGGCAGCCAACCGGACUUUAUGGACGAAACGCGCAAACGGGCUGUCUCUACUUACCUUGUCGAUGCGGCGGACAUGCAACCACCGAGGUAUCAACAGGAUGGCAAAAUACCGCACUACUCGAGUAACGUUGACACCGAAAAUGGUUUCGAUCAAGCGGGAAUGACUGAUAGAUUGAAAAAUUCUGCUCUCGAAGGAUCGUACUACCACAUGAACAGCGACCGUUACCUAUCCUAUCCACCGAUGGAUUAUCCCGGUGUGGAGUUUCCAACACCACCGUUACCCAUUCUGCCUGAAAUGGGACCAACGGAAAGCUCAUCGGAAACGUUACGGCGAGUCGCCCGAUCGAUAGUACCCCCACCGGAUGUAACGCAUCACACACAGCAAAGAACCAUCGGGCAUGUGCACGAUCCUGGGCUGCCACUUGGUACCCUUACCUCCAGCAUCUCGCAAGCUGUGCAAUCAACCCCAAGGCAACCGCAGGGUAUCCUUAAAGAUCCAAAACGCAGCAACAGCUCCGCUAGUGGCAGUCUCUCCUAUUCCACGCUUCCGCUCCAGCAACAGCAGCUGUACAGUGUGCACAGUCCAUCGCCGAUUCUUGCGCCACAUCAUCAGCAGAUGGAAGAGUUUGCUGCCGGUCCCAGUGGCUACCUAGUCGUGGAUCAACACGGUCAUUCGUUUACCAGUGGUCCGAAUUCUAGCAAUGGUUUAGUGCUGGGUACUUUCGAGCAACCGGCCAGCUCCAGCUUGGCAUCGUACAAUGUGACCGUCGGGUACACCGAUGCCGACGGGCAUUUAGUUUAG